AUGAAGCUAUUGCAAGCUCUGUAUCCUCUCGUCUUCCUCCUUGCCUGCUCCACGUCCAACGCUACCAUCUUACAAGACGCGUGCAAGUCCUUCGCCGCUAAGCACCCGGACCUCGGCUACGACUACUGCAUCAAGUUCUUCCAAGCCGACAAGGGAAGCGCCGCCGCGGACAAGGGCGGCCUCGCCGCCAUCGCCGUGAGGAUCACCGGGGUAGCCUCCAAGAGCACAACCAAGCACAUCGCCGCGCUACAGGCCUCCGAGAAGGACAAGAAGCGGCUGGAGUGCCUCAGCUCAUGUGCCGAGCUGUACUCGAGCGCGGUGUCCGAGAUCGCCGUGGCGGCGAAGGGCAUCGCCUCUGGCACGGCCAGCGGCCUGGAGGACGCGGUGACGGCGCUUAGCGCGGUGCUGAACGCCCCCAGCACCAGCGAGCAAGGGUUCAAGGAGCUACACGUGCCGUCGCCGCUGGCCGCCGAGGACGCGGAGUUCACCAAGGAGGCGUCCGUCGCGCUAAGUGUGACGGCGGCGCUGUAG